AUGACCUCAAAUUACACUUUUUGGUGUCACCAUGGGGAGAAGCUGGGUGAGUCAUUGGGGUCAUGGAAUGAAGCAACUGACAAGUCAAAUAACAUGUUUGAUAUGCUGAGAGAUCUGUAUCCUAAUGUUGAUCUUGAUGAUAAUGGAACCGCCAUGGAUAUGGAGGAUACAUACAAUGAGAGAUCAAAUGAUGAAGCAGAUAAGUUUUAUAGGUUGUUAAUUGAUUCGGAACAACCAUUGUAUGAUGGUUGCAAGAGCUCCAAAUUAACAACACUAUUAAAACUCCUUCACAUCAAGGCUCAAGGCAAAUGGAGCAACGAAUCAUUUACUAUGUUGCUCAAAAUGAUGAAAGAAGAGCUUCUGCCUGAAGCUUCUAAUUUGCCGGAUUCUUAUUAUGAAACAAAAAAAAUCAAUAAGGAUCUUGGGCUCUCAUACGUCAAGAUUGAUGCAUGUCAAAACAGUUGCAUGUUAUUUAGAAAGGAUGAUGCCAAUCUUGAUACUUGCAAGGUUGGAGUGGGAGACAUCCUCAAUGAUGUUCCGGAAUUCCUAAGUAAAGAGGAUUGGGAGUGGCUCGUGAAGGAAAAGUUCCUUUGUAAAGAAUUUAAGGAAGAGAAGUUGGGAAGACCUCCAACUGUAGCUGAGCUAGUGUUUGAGACCUAUAAAGAAGGAGACAUGAUAAAAGAUGAUGAAGCAAAUGAAAGACAUGCUAAAAUACUUGAGAUAAUGGAAGCAAAUUCGGACUUCACUGCACUUGAAGUGGUAGAAGCAAUCUUAGGAGAAUAA